GGUUUAUCAUUGAAGGAUGGCUUAUGCGAUGUGCCGACAUUUUAAAAAUAUAAAUCAUUUAAUAUUGUAGACUUGGUUUUUAAGACUGUAAUCUAAGUAUAAAGAUACUAUUUAGGUACUAUUACUCUAUAUUAAUGAGUAUAAUUAUUUUUUUCUAAGUUCUCUGUUUUUAGUAUGUAGUUGUUUUGAAAGGUUUAAAUUGAACAUCUAGAAAUCAUAAUAAAUCUUGGUUGUUAGUCCUUUAUUAACAUCUGAAUUUAAAAAAAAGUUUCGGUUAUGUGGUCCUCCAGAAUGAACAGAUCAGGAGUACUGCAGUUACUUCGGAAACAUAAUAUUGGACAAAAAUCCAGUUUUCAUACCCUAAAAACUGCCAAGCAUAGUGUCUUAUGGAAAUAUAAUGCAUUUAGUAAACAUAAAAUUGAAAAUUUAAGUGCUGCUUGUAUCACUUUUGUUCGUCAUAAUAGUAAUGCUCGAGAAAAUCUUCAAAACCAGCCUGUUUUGGACAUAAAUAGUGGAAAAGAAGAUUUAACUGAAGAAUUAUUUUCUAAGCUUCCAGAUUUACCUGUUGAAUCUAUCAGCGUAACCACCGAAAAAUUGUUGAAUGUAUUAGGAGAAGAAACAUUACAAAGUGCAGGAUUAGGUUCUUGGACUCCUGCUGGAUUAGUUCAAAACGCGUUACAAUUAGUACACGUGACAUUUGAUAUGCCAUGGUGGCUAACAAUAGUAGCAGGUACUGUAGUUUUGCGUUUGUUGAUGUUCCCUUUAGUCAUCGCAUCACAACGUAAUUCUGUAAAAAUGAACAAUCAUUUGCCUCAUAUUCAAGCAUACCAACAAAAAAUAACUGAGUACAGAAUGCAAGGCAAUCCUUAUGAAAUGUCCAAAACGUCGCAAGAAUUCAUGUUAUAUAUGAAAAAACAUCAAGUAAAUCCAUUAAAUGGUAUGAUUUUACCACUCGUUCAGUUACCUAUAUUUCUAAGCAUGUUUUGGGGCUUGCGAGGAAUGGCUAUGCUACCUCUAGAAAGUUUGACGUACGGUGGACUUCAUUGGUUCUCUGAUCUCUCAAUACCUGAUCCGUAUUUUGUAUUGCCAAUCAUAACCUCUGUCACCCUUGCCAUCACAUUAGAAUUUGGAGUCGACGUCAGCAAACUUAAUUCAACUAUUGGUUUUGGAAAAUUUAUAAAAUACGGAUUUCGAGUGUUACCAUUUAUUGUUUUCCCGUUUAUUAUGAACUUCCCGGCUGCUGUCUGUUUAUAUUGGGCAUCGACUAAUAUUAUAACACUUGGUCAAGUAAUGUUUUUGAAAAUUCCAAACGUACGACAUUAUUUUAAUAUUGAAGAUGAUGUGAAAAUUGCAAAACCAAUUUUGCAAAAAGGUUUUGUCGACGAUUUUAAAGAUUCGUGGAAAAAUAUACAAAUUGUAAAAGAGCUCGAAGAAAGAGAACAUUUAGAUCGUAUGAAAAGUUCUCAGAUCGGUAAAGAGCCGAUCAAGAGUUUCAAGUACAACACCCACACCGAUGUUUUGGAGCCUUUAAAAAAAGAAAAGUAAAAAUGUUGAUGUUUUUUUCUUUUGGUUCUUAUUGUUGUUUAUAUAAUAUACUUGUUUUAUUUUUGAAAAA